GUACGUACCACGUGCGACAGAUCUUAAAUCAUAAGAUUUAGGAUCUUAAAUCUUAUGCCGAGUACGUGCGCACGUGACACGUACUGUUUUCUUUUAUUGGCAUGGAAACCCUAUAACAUCUAGUUAUUAUAAAUAAAAUGGAUCAUAAAAGUUCACCAUCAGAAGUUACAAGCAUCCCAGUUUCAGAAAAAAAUGUUUGGAAUAAAAACAGUCUUGUUGAAAAUAAAGAUGAUAUGAAAUGCAAUAAAUCUGAUUUGUUUAAUUGUAUCAUAGAACAGAUGGAGGGAGAUAUUCAUAGUACUGAGGAAUGUAGCUUUUGGUUAGAUGGAGGUUUGUUUUAUAAAGGUAAUGUAAAGAAUUGUAAAAUGCAUGGAUUUGGAGUGGUAAUAUGGCCAGAUAAAACAGAAUAUCGUGGAGAAUUAAAUGAAAACAAUAUAGUCGGCACAGGAUCAUAUAUAUGGCCUGAUGGAAGUUCUUAUACUGGAUGUUUGACAAAUGGUAUUCCACAAGGAAGUGGUGUCCAUAAAUGGGGAAAUAAGACCUACUCUGGUUUAUGGAAAGAAGGUAAAAGACAUGGGAAAGGUAUUUUGUACUAUGAUGACUCAGGUGAAUCAUAUUAUGAUGGUGAUUGGUAUGAAGAUAAACAGCAGGGCUAUGGAGUACGCAGGUACAAGAAUGGAAAUAUCUAUAAAGGUCAGUUUUUUGAAUACCAGCGCCAUGGUACAGGAACUAUGAAUUGGUUCAAUAUUAGACAAGAAUACACAGGGGAAUGGUUAAAUGGUUUACAAAAUGGUAAUGGUACAUAUACAUGGUAUAUGAAUCGUAGUACAAAUUCUCAAUAUCCAUUUCAUAAUCACUAUAUUGGUAAAUUUCUAAAUGGUCAAAAACAUGGUAUUGGCACUUUCCGUUAUGCUAAUGGUGCAUUUUAUGAAGGAGAAUGGAAAAAUGAUAUGAAACAUGGUCGUGGUAAAUUUGUUUUUAAGAAUGGCUGUAGUUUUAAAGGAGAAUUCCAAGAGAAUCGAAUAGUAGAGUUUCCAGAUCUUGUACUUUCUGGUAUGACUACACCUGACAUAACAAAAUGUGGAAUAACUGUUAUUUCACCAUCUUCUCCUUGUGGGAAUAAUUUAAACACUGAGAAUAAUGUCAUUUUUUUUGAAAUAGAUAUCAGAGAAGUUUUAUUUGAACUCAAUUUUGAUUGUGAUGAUAGUUUUAUAGAAUCAAAAAAAAUUACAGACAUUAUGUUAAGAUUUUUUUCACAAAUUAAACAAAUCUACAGACAAUACAGUAAAGUUGGGCGUGAGCCUCCUUUUGAUAAUACAUUAACAAAUAUUCAAUUUUGUCGUUUUCUUAAAGAUUAUGGACUACACACCAAAGGUGCUUCUGUUUCAGAAAUAGCUGCAUAUAUAGAUGCAGAAGGUCACUUAAAUGAUCCACUUAAAUUAAUUUUGUUAAAAGAUUUUCUUAAUUAUAUAGUUAAACUGUCUUUCUUCUUAUACAAAGAGCAAUUUGUUUCGAUAUCUUGUUGCUUUGAAGAAUUAAUGUCUUGUUUAUGCAAAAAGCCAUUUGCAAUAGCAGGGUAUGUAUUUGCAAAUAAUUCUGUUGCAUUAGAAGCAUUGAAGUAUAUGAACAGUUGCAAAGAAGUAUUUAAAUACUUUUCAGAUCCUCCUUAUAAUUCACUCACAGUGCAUUGUUUAAUAAUGAUUUUCAAGGAGUUAAAGAUAUUAAAUGAGAACUUAACUUGCUCUAAACUUGUUUUGAUUAUAAGAAGUGAAGAUGAAGAAGAUAGUGUGUUAAAUAUAAAUAGAGAAAUAUGUUUUUUGGAAUUCUUUGAAAUUUUGGUUGGCUGUGCAUCUAUAUUCCAAAAGAAUUUACUUCAUGGCAAUGAAAUAUGUGACAGUUCAUUAUUAAAAAUUGACGAUGAUCAAUAUUGUCAAAAAGAUGUUGUUAUGGAAACUUGUUUUACCAGUUUAAGGAAAUUUUUUGACGAUUUUCUUUUUCCGGCUUUUAGCAAGCGAAAAAUGGCCGAUGAAAUUUUGAAAUCUGACAAAUAUUUUCAACGAGUUGAUAUUAAUUAUAAUAUAUAGUUUAUCAAGUUUAAUAA